AUGAAUGUGCCUGAGACAAGACAAUCCUCCAUAGUUGUGGCUAUAAGAGUAAGGCCCUUUACGUCAAUGGAAAAAACAAGACUGGUUAAUGAAGCUAGUGGCGCAGAAGCUAACUUCCCCGGCUUAGGAGAUUCGUCUUUAAUCUUACCGAUGAGUACUAACUCCGACUCCGAUAUAGACAUAGACGUUGAAGAAGGCUCUACUAGGAGCAAAAGAAAUAGCUCCCUGAGGAGAAGAGUGAUUAGACCGGAGGGCAUACGGAAGAUCGUGGAUUGUGUUGACGAUAGAAUGCUUAUAUUCGACCCCGCCGAAAGAAACCCCUUAAAUAAAGUGAGUGAUCAGAUCUUGAACACGAUGCGUUCAAGGGCCACUAAAGCCACUGCUUCCUCUAGUAAUAACAGCAAUGCUACGAACAAAUUUUCCUCGCAACGCCGAAGGCACGGCGGUGAAAUUAAGUUUGUAUUUGAUAAAUUAUUCGAUGAGAACUCUUCCCAGGCCUGUGUCUACAAAGAGACCACCAGUCCGCUUCUAGAUUCCGUUUUAGAUGGAUUCAACAGUACCGUAUUUGCUUAUGGUGCUACUGGUUGUGGUAAGACGUAUACAGUGAGUGGUACCCCUUCGCAGCCGGGAAUCAUCUUUCUGGCCAUGGAGGAGUUAUUCAAUAGAAUUUCAGACCUGAAAGACGAAAAGAACUUCGAGAUUUCGCUAUCCUACUUGGAAAUAUACAAUGAAAGGAUUAGAGACCUUUUAAAACCAGAGACACCAUCCAAAAGAUUGGUCAUUAGAGAAGAUACGCAGAACCACAUUAAAGUGGCGAAUUUGUCAUAUCAUCACCCGACUACGGUAGAAGAUGUGAUGGACUUGGUUGUCCAGGGAAACAUAAACAGGACCACAUCACCAACCGAGGCAAAUGAAGUAUCGUCACGAUCUCAUGCAGUGUUGCAGAUACACAUCAUGCAGACGAAUAAGCUCGUAGACUUGACCUCGCAACAUACUUUUGCUACACUGUCAAUAAUUGAUCUGGCUGGGAGUGAAAGAGCUGCCGCAACAAGAAAUCGUGGUAUAAGAUUACACGAAGGUGCCAACAUAAAUAGAUCUCUAUUAGCAUUAGGCAAUUGCAUCAACGCAUUAUGUUUAAAUGACGGCAGCAGGAGCUGUCAUAUUCCAUAUAGAGAUUCCAAAUUAACAAGACUAUUAAAAUUUUCGCUGGGCGGCAAUUGCAAAACAGUCAUGAUUGUUUGUAUAUCACCUAGCAGUUCACAUUAUGAUGAGACGUUAAAUACUCUGAAAUACGCAAAUCGUGCUAAAGAGAUAAAGACCAAAAUAAUCAGAAACCAGCAGUCUUUGAGCAGGCACGUUGGGUCUUAUUUGAAAAUGAUUACAGAACAAAAGCGACAAAUCGAGGAACUACGUGAACGUGAAGAAAAAAUGAUUUCCUUGAAGUUAACGAAAUACAAACUAAACAAAGAGAAGAUCCAACUGGCCAUUAAUGAGUGUGUCAAUCGUGUUCAGCAAACGUAUGCCGCUGUGGAAACAUACCAAAUAGCAAAGACCUUGAAAUCAUUAAUACUUUGUAAAAGACGUUUUUUGCAAAUGGUCAAGCUGGAAGUGGAUAACCUGAUACUAUUAUUUGAACAGGAGGAAAGGACAGCCACCGAGAUGCAAACAGUGAUAAGUAAUUGCCGAAUGAUCAGUGAACAGCUUUAUAACAAAAUACACGAGUUGGAAGUGAAAUUUGACGAGACUGACACUUUGAAUUCUGUCAUUCAGCAGGUACAUUCCAUUGACUUGAACAAGCUAAGAGAAAUGGAAGACUGGGAUGAAACAUACGACCUGGUGUACCUGGAAUCAUGCCUCAAUCAAAUAUCAGAGUUGCAAAGAAAUGAAAUCUUGGUCAACUCCUCCAUAAUGACAGAAAAAUUAAUGUCAGAUCCCGAGUUGAACUCUCGAUUCAAGUUUCUAUCAAAGUGGUUGAUGAACAGGACUCCUGACAUUGAAUCGGUAAUCCAAGACCUGGUUCAUAUUGAUGAAGAGUUUGAAUCUUUUGCCAAAACUUUCAUCGCCAAUUCUGGUAGCAAUUUUACUAACACAAAUAUAAAUAUAAUAAACACGACAGCAGCUGAAUUGGCUGUUCCCGUUGAGACCGUACAUCGACAAAAAUUUCCCAACAAAAAAGUAAAAUGGACGAGUCCUAGUCUUAGCCCCAGCCCUGUCACUGAAUCACAACCGGAACUAGAACCGAAACUAGACCAAGACCAAGAUCAAGACGUCAUUGCAGGAGAAGUGGACGUAAGCAUGCAAGAUACCACAUUUAAUGAGCAAGGGCCCUCGACCCCAUCCGCUUCCAAUACAGCAGUUCCAAGAAGAAAGAUGCGUUCCUCUCUUCUCACUCAUCAAAGUCUGCUGGCCUCUGCCAGAAAAUAA